UAUAGGCUAGUCCCCUUAAGUGCGCGCGUGUGCGCUGUAGAGCGCUCGCGUGUGUGUGCGCCCGUGUGCGCGAGGAGUGCAGUCUCGUGUCAGUCGUGUCGUUCCUUCGUUCGUCUUUGCCGUUCGCACAGCCGCCUUAUUACCGCGCGCACAUUUAAGCCCAUACGAGCUUAAUUCCACUCCUUUGCCUUCGUAUCUCCACUCAACAAUUACGCGCGAUAUGUUCUAUAACGUUUAUUCUUACGGAAUCCUUCAUAAAUAGCAGUUAAAAUGAAUCCUCAGUACAUGCAGCAGCAGCGUCCAGUAUACGGACCUCCGCCAUCCAAUGCACCAUAUGGCGAACUUAACGCAAAUUUGUCUCCCAAAGGACCACAUGAAUUGGGAUCGCUUCCACCUCAGAAACCGUUACAAAGUCAACCACCUACAAUCGAUGCUGCCUGUGCAACGAAACCACCUUACUAUGUAAACGAUAUUCAAGGACAAGUAGUUGAUACUCAACAUGGACCACCUCUACCGCCACAGUCUAAUCAAACUAACUUAGUCAAUCAAAUGUCUAACGUGACUUUAUCUGGUAUACAAAAGCCUUCUCAGGAUUUUUCACCACAGUCUGAAAAAAAUGUACCAAAUAUGCCUUUUUCAUCCACUGUAAAUGGAAUUAAUAAUCAGAAUCAUUAUAUCGCACAAGGUGAACCAGAUAAAAUUAACUUUCCAGGAGAGAAAUCAGGAUUAAUUUCUCAGAAAUCAUCGCCUCAUCAACCUGGAUCGGCCGACUCUCAAAUACCCAGUCUUCCAAAUCCCUAUGGCUCUGCUGUCAAACCUCAAAUUUCAGAACAACAACAAUAUCCUGGGCAAAUGCCACCCUUUGGCUCACCAUCGGUACGUAAUACUUCCGGAAAUCCAGUACAGAUGACUCCUGCAAUACCUACCGAACACCAUGGCCAAUUAUCAAGUCAAAAUAGAUACAACGCACCGUUAGUAAAUCAAGGAGACUUAAUGGGACCGGCCGUUACAGGGAAAUCAAUAGGCGUUAUUCCAAACUCUCCAAAUACUGGUAGCCAGCAGUCAUUUCGAGCGCCUCCUCUAUUAAAUCAACCACAUGGAACGCCAUUAAAUCCACCACCUUUAGGACCACAGACAUUAAGUAAUCGAAAGAAUACACCAGAUUCUUCUUUACCUGGACCAAUUUCCGUGGCUCCUCCAGCGUUGAAUCAAAAUUUGCCUGGACCACCAUUACCUGGGCAAAAUCUUCAGGCCCCUUCAUUUACAGAUCAGCAAGGUUUGCAAAGAUCUCCCUUGGGUCAAACGUCUAACUUAUCAGGACAACAACAGUUAUCCGGUCCAUAUGGACAACAAAAUCUAUCUGGACCUCCGCUUUUACCAGUGCAACAAACACAUUCUCCGUAUCCAUACUCCAAUCAAGUACUUGAACAACGACGGUAUACAACAAGCCCUUCAUUAUCUGGACCACAAAAUGUUACGAAUUCCUAUACUCACACAAACUAUCAGCAUUCUGAAAUAAAUUAUCAAGGAUAUCAAAAACAAAAUUGUAGUCAAUCUGGACAAACAAACAUGUAUGCCAAUCAGAUGAAUCCUUAUCAAAGUGGUAUAUCAAGUACUCCCGAAGGAUAUCAAACUAACGUUCAAUCUCAACAAGUGAGAAGACUUGACCCCAAUCAAAUGCCCAGUCCUAUACAACUAAUUCAAGACGAUCAAAGACUAAAAGGUGGAGUGUUUGUAACAAAUGAAAAGGGCUUGGUUCCUCCAUUGGUUACAACAAAAUUUACCGUCGAAGAUAAAGGAAAUGCAUCGCCACGAUUUAUUCGAUCAACAAUAUAUACUGUGCCCACUGCCACAGAUAUUAUUAAACAAACACAUAUUCCAUUUUCACUUAUACUGAGUCCAAUGGCUCAAAUAGAAGAGGGUGAAUUUGAACCACCUAUAGUGGAUAUGGGAGAAAUUGGUCCGGUGCGUUGUAAUCGUUGCAAAGCUUAUAUGAGUCCCUUUAUGCAAUUUAUCGACGCUGGCAGAAGAUUUCAAUGCAUGUUUUGUAAAACUACAACGGAAGUUCCAUUGGAAUAUUUCCAACAUUUGGAUCAGACCGGUCAAAGAAUGGACCGUUACGAACGCCCUGAACUAAUUCUUGGUACUUACGAGUUUCUGGCAACAAAAGAGUAUUGCACAAACAAAACAUUUCCAAAUCCACCUGCAAUUAUAUUUGUUAUUGAUGUUUCUUAUAACACGGUAAAAUCGGGUUUGAUUAACUUAAUUUGUGCUAACAUGAAAAAAAUUAUUCGCCAUACACCUGUCGAUGUGGGUCAAUCUAAAUCAAAUAUGAAAAUUGGUUUUAUAACAUACAGUAGCACAGUUCAAUUUUACAACAUUAAAGCAAAUCUUGCUCAGCCUCAAAUGAUGGUAGUUGGCGAUGUACAGGAUGUAUUUAUGCCACUUCUCGAUGGCUUCCUUUGUAAUCCAGAAGAAAGCGAAGCAUUAAUCGAUAGCUUAAUGACUCAAAUUCCAGUUAUGUUUGGAGACAGUCGAGAAACAGAAACUAUUCUUGGACCAGCUAUUCAAGCUGGAUUAGAAGCUCUCAAGGCAUCAUCGUGCGCGGGCAAACUUAUGGUAUUUCAUUCAUCUUUACCCAUUGCCAAUGCACCAGGAAAGCUUAAGAAUAGAGAUGAUCGUAAGCUUCUUGGAACGGAUAAGGAGAAAAAUGUUUUAACCCCACAGAUUAAUUAUUACAAUAAUCUUGGGCAAGACUGCGUCGCAUCUGGUUGCAGUGUCGAUUUAUUUAUUUUUAACAAUUCAUACAUUGAUGUAGCGACGAUUGGCCAAGUUUGUAGACUUACCGGUGGAGAAGUAUAUAAGUACACAUAUUUUCAAGCUGAUAUCGAUGGAGAGAGACUAAUCACAGAUAUAAUAAAUAAUAUAAGCAGACCAAUUGCAUUCGAUGCAGUUAUGCGUGUCAGAACAUCCACCGGUGUUAGACCAACAGAAUUCUUUGGACAUUUUUAUAUGUCUCAUACAACCGAUGUGGAAUUAGCCAGCAUAGACUGUGACAAAGCUGUUGCAAUAGAGAUUAAACACGAUGAUAAAUUAGCAGAGGAUGAAGGUGUUUACAUUCAAGCAGCCUUACUUUAUACAUCAUGUAGUGGCAUAAGACGAUUAAGAAUUAUCAAUCUGAGCUUAAAAACUUCAUCACAAAUUGCAGAGCUUUUUAAAUCGUGUGAUUUAGACGCUAUUAUCAAUUUCCUUUCUAAACAAAGUGUAUUUAAGCUUAUGGACUCGUCUCUAAAAGCAGUUAAAGAUAAUUUAAUUUCAAGAUGUGCCACUAUACUUGCAUCUUAUAGAAGAUUUUGUUCAUCUCCAUCAAGUAUUGGCCAGUUGGUACUUCCCGAAUGCAUGAAAUUACUACCACUUUAUAUAAAUGGACUAUUAAAGAGCGAUGCCAUUACUGGAGGUAGUGGAAUAACAAUUGAUCAGAAAUCGUAUGUAAUAAUGUCGGUUACGACAAUGCCAAUUGGCGAGUCAGUUGUUCAUGUUUAUCCACGAUUAAUUUCAUUGCAUGACGUUAAUCCUCAAUCUACGGAUAUUCCACCUAUGUUACGUUGUUCAAAAGAUAAAUUCACAGACGAUGGGGCAUAUUUGUUGGAAAAUGGAAUUCACAUGUUUUUAUGGCUCGGUGCGAAUUUGAGUUCACAAUGGUUGCAGUCAGUUUUUGGUGUCUCAUCCGUACUUCAAGUUGACACUGAUAAGACUACAAUACCGCCAUUAAAUAAUCCAUUGAAUGACCGAAUCAGAUAUAUAAUUAGUUACGUUCAAAGUGAGAGGCGACACUGUAUGCGGUUAACUAUCACCAGACAACGAGAAAAAAUGGAAAUGGUAAUGCGACAGUUCUUGGUGGAGGAUCCAGGCGUUGAUGGUAGUCUUGGUUAUGUAGACUUUCUGUGUCACAUACAUAGAGAAAUUCGAACGCUUCUUAGCUAGUGUAAAUUGAGAUAAAUAAUUUCUCAAAUAUAGAGAACUAAAAAGAAGGCAAAUAAGUUUUAAUUUAAGUAGUAUGUAAUAAAGUUUUUAUGUAAAAGUUGAAUGAGAGAUCGAGGAAAAUGAGAGAAAGAAACGAGUGAAAAGAAUAGAAAAUGAAAGUGG